CCCAAACAUCUCUCUCCCAGAGGUAAAAAAAAAAAAAAACAACGCUCCCUCUCAACUCUAAACACGGCAGCCCGACCCCUCCACCACCCACCCCCCCUUUCGCCUUUCACAGCCGCGCGCCUUUCGCAGCCCGUCCCUCUGCUCUUCACGCUGUCAACGCCGUUGCUGCGUCCGCUGGUUCUGGUUGCUUCUUCUCUUUACUCCGCCGCUCCCUCUGGUCCUCGUUGCUGCAUCAUCUGAUCCUCGUCGCUGCAUCCGCUGGUCCAGUCCUUCUGCCGUCCGGUGCUGCUCCUCGUCCUCAAUCACGCCGCUGCUGCUUCUCGCCUCUAUAGUCUACGUCCUCAGUCACUGGAGCGGAGAUGAUGGAUGGAAAUCUGCCCAAUAUUAAGAAAUGGGUUGUGUUGUAUCCUGUUUACAUAAACUCAAAGAAGACCAUAGCUGAGGGCAGGCGAAUUAGUGUGAGUAAAGCUUGCGAAAAUCCAACUUGUGCUGAGAUUGGGGAUUGCUGCAGCUAUCUCAAACUCCCUUUUGCUAUUGAGAUUGACAAGGCCUAUCCACGCGAUUUCAUGCAAGUAGGGAGAGUGAGGGUACUGCUGAAGAAGGAAGAUGGGACCUUUUACAAUCCAGCUAUUCCUACUAGAAAACAGCUAAUGCUACACGUUGCAGAGUUGGUGCCAAAGCAUCAUUCGAGGACUAAGAAGCAGGAACCUGCAUCCACAUCAGGUGCUACAUCUUCUAAGUCUGGGAAAGGUGGAAAAAAGAAGAGAUAGUUUUAUCAUUGCAAAUUUUUGGCAACAUUACAUAGAAUUCCUUGUGAUAGGCUUAAAACUCUUGGUGAUUUUGAAUUCCCUUGAUAUCGUUUUGUCUUUAGUCUACAGCAUGUGCCUUUAUCUCAUUACUUGCCCUCAUGCCCUUUUGAAAAUCUUUGAAUGGUCUAUUUUGGAACAUAAAUAUGCAUUUGCCUAUAAACUUCAGAAGACAAAUGCAUUUUGUUGUCUUACUAAACAAGGAACAGAGUUGUGUUUUUGUAAUGCCUGAGAUAGUCAAUCGGUAGUGAUACUUGGCGUUGGUGGGAAUACAACACUAAUUUAUGGAUGA